AUGGUUUCAUAACUUUAGAUUUAGGAUCUGUGACCGGAACACCUAAGCAUAAAAAUAUGGGGCAAUUCGGUGAAUCCCUCUUUAUGAAACCUCCGCUAUUAUUUCCGGUGCCUUCAAAUCCUUGCAAUCCAUUAGAUACAAGAUUAAUUAAUCAGAUUUUGUCUUCUUUAAACCCUUCAUUGGUACAAUAUUCUGGUUUUUAUGAUCUGAGAGGUGAAUGUUCAAAUAAUCAUGCGAAAUUAGAAAGAAUUGCCCGAAAUUGGGAUAAAAACUGUCGGCGUCGUACUAGUAACGCAACUAAUUUAGAUGAACCGAUCAGGUUAUUGUAUGAUUCCUUCUUAAUCCGUCAAAAGAUUGGUGAAGGUGCAUAUGGUAAAGUUUAUCGUGUAUUGGAUCUUAAGUUCGUGUCCGAAAAUCACAAAGACCCACGGGCAUCACGUGCUUUGAAACUUCAAGUGCCUUCUACAGCUUGGGAAUUUUACAUAAUUCGAAAAUUACAUGAAAGAAUUAGCUCUCCUACAAUUAAUUCCAUAAUAACUGCACACUCUUUGUAUUAUUAUAAAGAUGAAAGUUAUUUGCUUACUGAGCUUUGUUCUCAUGGAACGAUCGUGGAUGCUAUAAAUACUGCAAAAAGAGAAAAUUCUACAAUGGAUGAAAUUUUGGUAAUUUUUUUUACUAUCGAACUUAUGAAAAUAGUCGAAGCGAUUCAUGAAGCGGGAAUAAUUCAUGGUGACAUAAAGGCGGAUAAUUGUCUAUUGAGGUUAGAGCGAACAGUUGAGUGGGAUUCUCAAUAUGAUCCAUCAGGUGCUCAUGGUUGGUCAAAGAAAGGGAUUAAACUAAUCGACUUUGGAAGAGCAAUUGAUGUUACAUUAUUUCCUCCUGAUAUGAAAUUUAUAGCUGAUUGGAGAUGUGAUGAUCAAAAUUGCAUUGAAAUGAGAGAAGGUAGACCAUGGAAAUGGCAAGCAGAUUAUUACGGUUUAGCUGGCGUAAUACAUUGUAUGCUACAUAAUGAAUAUAUGCAAAUUACUCCUGUGCGAACGGAUAUCGAUUCAUUCUCAUCAGGUGCAACUAUUUCGACAAAAAAAUAUAAGCCGAUACAAUCUUUCAAACGUUAUUGGCAAGGAAAUCUAUGGGCUAGGCUAUUUGAUAUGCUAUUGAACCCAUCAUUAGUUCGUUCAGACGGACGAUUACCAAUAACUCAAGAAUUAAGUAGUAUAAGAAAAGAGUUUGAACAAUAUUUGAUUGCUAAUUGUGAAAAAAUUGGAAAGGAGUUAAAAGCGCAAUUGAAGAGAUUGGAAGUUAAUAGUGAAAUAAAUUAUCAUGGUUGA